AGCGCCGGAUCUACUUUCUGUGUGCUGGGUGAAUGGAGGCGCAGCUCUUCCUGGUGAACAAACACUGACAACUAUAGGGCAGCCCAGCGAUACCCGCUUCCCAGAACGGCCACACACACCUUCUCCUUUACCCCCAAAACAACCCUAAACAUGGCUGCUGAGCGUAAACACGUCGCGCAGCUGAAAUCGGAACUGUACUUCCUAAUAGCCCGAUUUUUAGAAGCGGGACCUUGUCAGGACGCGGCAGAGACCUUGAUACGGGAGGUUCAAGAGAAGGAGUUGUUACCCAAAAGAAUUGACUGGACUGGCAAAGAACACCCAGGGAGUUACGAAAAUUUGGUCAAAUUGUACAGUCACAUUUCUCCAGAUCACCUGUUACAGGUGUGUGAACGAGUGAGCCCUCUUUUAGAUAGGGAAGUGCCAGCCAGCGUACCGGGUGUUAACUCGCUGCUGGGAGCUGGACGUCAGUCUGUGUUGCGUACCAACAAGAGUUGUAAGCACGUGGUAUGGAAAGGGUCUGCCCUCGCAGCCCUGCACUGUGGCAGGCCACCCGAGCUGCCAGUCAUCUACGGAAGCCCACCCAGUAUCGUGGAGACAAUAAACAGUCGGAGGCUGAAUGGCUCUUAUCGGUUGGGUCAGCUGGUGCCUACAGCUGUUUACCAACAUAUGAAGAUGCACAAGAGAAUUCUGGGACACCUGUCAUCAGUGUACUGUGUCACCUUCGACCGCACUGGCCGCCGCAUCUUCACAGGUUCGGACGACUGCUUGGUGAAAAUCUGGGCGACGGACAACGGGCGUUUGCUGGCGACACUGAGAGGUCACGCAGCAGAGAUUUCAGACAUGGCUGUGAAUUAUGAGAACACCCUGCUGGCGGCCGGCAGCUGUGAUAAAAUGAUCAGAGUGUGGUGCUUGCAGACCGCAGCCCCGCUGGCGGUACUAGAGGGCCACGCGGCGUCCAUCACCUCACUACAGUUUUCUCCGCUUUGCAGUGGCAAUAAGAGGUUCCUGUCCUCCACUGGAGCUGAUGGCACCAUCUGUUUCUGGCAGUGGGACGCACGCACACUCAAAUUCGGGCAGCGGCCUAGUAAAUUUAUCGAGCGACCCAGACCGGGUGUCCAGAUGAUCUGUUCCUCUUUCAGUGCAGGCGGGAUGUUCCUGGCGACAGGCAGCACUGAUCACAUCAUUAGGGUUUAUUACUUUGGAGGUGGACAACCAGAGAAGAUAUCUGAACUGGAGUCUCAUACUGAUAAAGUCGACAGCAUCCAGUUCUCCCAUGGUGGAGACAGGUUUGUGAGUGGCAGUCGAGAUGGUACGGCUCGGAUAUGGCAGCUGCAGCAACAGGACUGGAGGAGUAUUUUACUGGACAUGGCCACCAAACUGCCUGGCAAGUACAACCCUCCUCCCUUAGAGGACAAAGUUACCAAACUCAAGGUCACCAUGGUGGCGUGGGAUUGCCAUGACAACACCGUCAUCACGGCUGCCAACAACCUGACGUUGAAAGUGUGGAACUCCUACACAGGACACCUCAUUCAUGUCCUGAUGGGGCACGAGGACGAGGUGUUUGUGCUGGAGCCACAUCCUUUUGAUUCGAGAGUGCUGUUCUCUGCUGGGCAUGAUGGGAAUGCCAUUGUGUGGGAUUUGGGAAGAGGAGUCAAAAUACGUUCUUUCUUCAACAUGAUUGAAGGUCAGGGUCACGGUGCAGUGUUUGACUGUAAAUGUUCUCCAGACGGGCAGCACUUUGCUUGCACAGACUCACAUGGUCACCUGCUCAUCUUUGGCUUUGGGUCUAGCAGCAGAUAUGACAAGAUCGCAGAUCAGAUGUUCUUCCACACCGAUUACCGGCCGCUGAUCCGUGACGCCCAUAACUUCGUCCUGGACGAACAGACCCAGCAGGCGCCCCACCUCAUGCCCCCGCCCUUCCUGGUUGACGUGGACGGGAACCCUCACCCUCCUCGCUUCCAGAGGCUGGUUCCCGGCAGAGAGAACUGCAGAGAGGAACAACUCAUACCCCAGAUGGGCCUCACGUCGUCGGGGCUGAAUCAGGUGGUUAGUCAGCAGGCUGCGGAAUGCUCUAGUCCUCUUGAUAGUAUGAUUCAGAGACUGCAGCAAGAGCAGGACCAGAGGCUGGGCUCUGACGCCAGAUCCAACAGAGGAUCAGUCAGUUCCCCCACAGAAGUCUCUUCUCCACCUAACGUGGGACUCAGACGCAGUGGUCAGAUCGAAGGCGUUCGUCAGAUGCACAGUAACGCCCCCCGCAGUCAGAUCGCCACCGAGAGAGACCUGGUGGCCUGGAGCCGAAGGGUCCUCGUACCCGAAUUAUCACCAGCCAUUGCGAGUAAGCAGGAGGUGUGGCGUACGGCUAAAGGAGAGGAGGAGAUCAACAUCUACAGAUCAGAGAGGAGGAGACGCAGCAUACACAGCCAGUACCACAGAGAAAACCGGCAUGCUAUAGAAAAUGCCAUAGAGGAGGGGCGGCGUCACCAGGGCAACCAGCACAACUACCACACACGCCUGGCGGUGGAGGAGACGAGUCGUCAGAGUGAACCCAACGAGGAGGAGCACAGCGCAUCAGAGGUGCUAACAGAUGGAGAGGCAGAUCAAAGACCUCCGAGCAGAGAGUCGUCAGAUGAAGAGAGAGAAGUAAAAGAACCCUGGCCUGAUGAUAACAGCAGCUCCAGCGACUACUCCAGCGAUUACUCCGACUGGACGGCUGAUGCUGGCAUUAACCUCGAACCGCCCAAGAAGACCAGCGUGAAGAAAACGAAAAAGAAUGCCAGCAGCUCAGAGGAGGAUAGAGAGAAGACGAAAGACUCCAAGAAGGACAGGAGGAAAGAAAAGCAAGACAAAGAUGGAGCGCUACCAAAGAAGAAGACGCCAAAGGAGAAGCGGAAGAGGAUACCUGAACUCCAAAACCAGGGUUUGACAUUAGAGGAAUGGUUACCAUCUCCUUGGAUCACUGACACCAUGCCACGAAGAUGCCCUUUCACACCACAGAUGGGCGAUGAGGUAUAUUAUUUUCGUCAAGGCCAUGAAGCUUACGUGGAGAUGGCAAAGAAAAACAAGAUCUUCAGUAUAAAUCCUAAAAAACAGCCCUGGCACAAGCUGGAGCUGAGGGAGCAGGAGCUGUUGAAAAUCGUUGGCAUUAAAUAUGAGGUUGGUUUGCCUACCCUGUGCUGUCUGAAGAUGGCCUUCCUGGAUCCGGACACCGGCAAAUUAACGGGCGGCUCUUUCUCCAUGAAAUACCAUGACAUGCCUGACGUCAUUGAUUUCCUGGUACUCCGUCAGCAGUUUGAUAACGCAAGACGGCGGAACUGGAUGAUAGGUGACCGUUUCCGGGCGGUGAUAGAUGACGCCUGGUGGUUCGGUACGAUCGAGAGUCAGGAGCCUUAUCAAGCCGAAUAUCCAGACUCUCUGUUCCAAUGCUACAACGUCUGUUGGGAUAAUGGGGACACAGAAAAGAUGAGCCCAUGGGAUAUGGAGGAGAUUCCCAAUGAAGCAGUGUUUCCAGAUGAAUUGGGUCUAAGUGUUCCUCUAACUGAAGAAGAGCAGAAGGCAUUACUGUACAAGCCCCUUGAAGGAGAGUGGGGCUCACGUACACGUGAUGAAGAAUGUGAACGCAUCAUCAGGGGCAUCAACCAGCUUUGCACUUUGGAUGUGGCUACACCGUUUGAAUUGCCUGUCGACCUGCAGGCAUAUCCAACAUACUGCACUGUGGUUGCUUACGUCACAGAUCUGAGCACCAUACGACAGAGACUGGAAAACCGUUUUUACAGGCGAAUGUCGUCACUGAUGUGGGAGGUACGUUACAUCGAACACAACGCUCAAACCUUCAAUGAACCAGGCGCAUUCAUUGUCCGAACUGCCAAAUUCGUGUCAGACCUAUUGCUGCAAUUUAUCAAGGACCAAAGUUGUACAGACAUUAUUCCGCUAUAUAACAGUAUGAAGAAAAACGCUUUCUCAGAUUCAAGUGACGAUGAAGAUGAGGAUGAGGAUGAGGAGCAUGAGGCACCCUGUACGUCUACCCGCAAUAAGAAGAGCCAGCAACAGCCCAUUCUGAGGAGUCUGCGGAGUAAGCCGUCCUCAGACCCGCAGGCCUGGAGGGGGCGCUGUAGAGAACUGCUGGAGCUCGUCUUUCAGUGUGAAGAUUCAGAGCCUUUCAGACAACCUGUGGAUCUGGAAGAGUAUCCGGACUACUUAGACAUUGUGGACACUCCUAUGGACUUUGAAACUGUUUUGAACCGUCUGUUAGCGGGAGAGUAUGACACACCCAUGGAUCUUUGUAUAGAUGUACGUCUCAUCUUCAGCAACUCCAAAGCUUACACACCCAGCAAAAAGUCCAGGAUCUAUAGCAUGAGUCUGCGGUUAUCCGCUCUGUUUGAAGAGCAUAUCGGUUCAAUCUUGACUGAAUUCAAAGCUGCUCAAAGUCUGCACAACAAGCGGUUCACUCGACAGCGCCUGCACACGAAGCGAUUGACCAGACAGUCUGUGAAGAGGAGGAGGAGGAGCUCAUCUCCUUCAAGUUCCGCAUCUAGUCCGGAAAGGAAGAGGCGGGUCUCCUCCCGUGCUCCGCCUCAAUCUGACAAUGCAACUCCACCCACUCUCGCUGGACCUUCCCGACCUCCAUCAUUACGGCAAACGCUUCCACAAAUCAAUGGAAAGGCGGAGCCUCCUGUUGCCCCUGGACGGACACGUAGCUCUGCCCGUUUCGGACCCCAAAUCACAGAACCCCCAGCUGCGCAGUCAGCUCCUCCUCCCCCCACCCACAGCAAAGCAACAGAGCCCUCGUCCAGAGUUCUGCGCACUCAAAACUCUCACUCCAUUAAUGCCUCCAAAGAACCCGAGACCUCUGCCACCUCCCAUAGCAAUGAUGGCGGAGACAGAGAGUCACGGAGGAAGCUUCGGACACCUGUUAAACUCACAUCAGGUCCAGUUGAUCACAGCUCUCCUCAGAACAGCGUGCAUCUGAAUGGCCACACGAGUCAAGUGACUAUGGGAGUAGUAAGAAGGGGGCGGGGCAGACCCCGAUUAGACGCAGAAAUAAGGACCGUGGAAGAGCCAGGCCCCUUACCCCAACCCUCUGGCAAAAAGAGAGGGAGGAAAAGCAAGAAAGAGCUUGAGGCCCUACAAAGAAACUCCUCCCAUGAGGAGGAGCUUGCUCUGUCUACUGGUGAUGAGGGCGGGGCUUCUUCUACAGCCCUGGACAGUAGCCUUUCUGAUUCAGGUUUAGUUACUCCUGAGCACCCAAGACCGCGAGGAAGACCACGACUGAUCAAAACAACAGAGCCACCCCCACAUACUCCAGCUCCGUCAAGCCCCAAAACACUUAGAAGGAGCAGUCGACGAGGCCACGAAGAGGCCAUGCCCCCCACCCCGGGCCCCGCAUUGAGGGAGGAGCCAGAUAUUGACACAGGGGAUGAUAGUAGUUCGAAAGGGGCAAUGAGAACGCGUAACCAGGGCCGAAGGACAGCCUUCUAUAACGAGGAAGACUCUGAGGAAGAACAGAGACAGCUUUUGUUUGAGGAUGCCUCCAUUACGUUUGGCACGUCGAGCAAGGGAAGAGUCCGCAAGCUCACCGAAAAGGCCAAAGCCAACCUCAUUGGCUGGUAAUAAUGCCAACUUUGUAUGUCCUUUGUGACAUAACCCCUUAUCCCCGCCCCACUGUUACAUCACAUUACAUUGGGGAGGGGAAGCAUUCCUGCUGCUAUUAGACUCGUGAUUAUCUGAAUCUUUGAUUCGGACUCUAAAUCGAUUCUUAGUUUUUGAAUCAUUGACUUUUAGGGUGACUUUACAGGGCAUUUUCUGUCCUCGAAAGGAUCACUGCCCCUUAUCAAAGCCCCCCCACACCUUUUACAUUUCUUUCACAGAAAAAUCACAAAUGCAGUUAAAUACUGAUUUUCAUAUGCACUAUUUGAAUGCCAGUGAAGAUAGUUACGUAGACAGUCUUAUACAAAUCCAAAUACCUGACUUCAUCUCUCAAGUUAUUUGAGAGUGGUUGAGUGUAUGUGUGUGUGCGAAAACUUGUACUCUGUUUUAUCUCCUUUACUGUUAAUUUCAUGCGUUGUUUUUACACGGAUGUUGCUAAGAGCUACAAAUCAAACACUUCUUCAAAAAAAUCUAUUUUUACCAGAAUGUUCAGAGUGCUUGUGUUAGUGAUCGUGGAGCAAUAUUGGAGUGCAGAGAGAAGGACCACAUGAGAUGCUUUCUUCUGUUUUGUCUAUCAAUGUCUUUCUCUGCAAGUUAAAAAAACAGAUCAGUGGCAGUGAUGAUUCUCGCAUGUUUUUAUAUAAUUAGCAAUACCUUGUGCCUUUUCAUACUUUCAGUACAUCAUGGUUCCUUUACUCCCAGUGUGUGUGUGUGUGUGUGUGUGUGUACCUGGUAAACCCUACGGUAUGGCAUGUCCCCACAAAGAUGGCAAUAUCCAAGAUCCUUGUCCCUGUGGGGACAUUUGUUGGUCCCCAUGAGGAAACAAGCUUAUAAAUCAUACAGAAUUAACUUUUUUGAAAAUCUAAAAGAGCAGAAAGUUUUGUGUGAUUGUUAGGUUUAGGGGUAGGGAAUAUGAUAUACAGUUUGUACAGUAUAAAAACCAUUGCGUCUAUGGAAUGUCCCCAUAAAACAUGGAAACCCAUGUGUGUGUGAGUGCGUGUGUGUGAGUGCGUGCAUUUGAUUGCUUUAGUGUAUUGAGUCGUUCAGUACAAACGUGUGUUAUUGAUCUGUUGCUGGGGUAGAGAUUAGUGAGCAGCAUAUCGUCCCAUGAGUUCAUGCCAUUUGCAGUUUUUGAAGCAUGUAAUAAUAGUGACAUCUUCACUCUGCGCCCAUUAUACAGACAGUGCUGCUUUGAUUUUUGGGUCUCCCACAAUGCACUGUGAUCCCACAUAUAUCUGUAAUCAUGACUUGAAAAGUAUUUGGACACUUAUUAAAUGUAAAUUUUUUAAAGGUAUUUUCUCUGAACUUCAAUUGACUUUUGGUCCCAAGAUGUUCUUACACUUGUGGAAAUCAGCAGAUUUGAUGUGAUUUAUGUGUAGUUAUUGAUAGCAGUGUAUAGUUCAUCCAGAAAAGUGGUAUUUGGGGUUCUUUAGUUGCACUGGUAGUGCUGAAGUGUCCUGGAUGUUACGACAUCAGACUGUUUUCUUGCACACACAUGCAGAGAAAUGCCCAAGAAAAACUUAAUUGAACAAUAGAUUUUAAUUCAAUUUUCUUUCACCAAACCUGUAUGUAUGCUUUCAGGACACUUGGAAUAACUUCACGAAUCGGUGGAGUUGUUUUAUAAUGCGUUUGUGUCCUUUUGAAGCUUGAGAAAAGGAUCCCAAUUAACUUCUCUUGUAACCAGAAAACCCAGAAUGCCACUUUUUUUUAAAAUAUGCAAUUUGUCUUAAAUGUAUAGUGAAUAUAUUUUCAAAACCAUUAUACAGAAAACUUUUACAUUAGCAUUUUUAGUUUGUGUUGGAUUGUGAUUGAAUAGAAACGUGCCCAAAUUUGUGUGUAUUGUUUUCUGACAGACAUUAAAAAUGUAAAAAUAUUAUGGAUACAGAAUCAUAGUACAUUAUUGUGAGGUAUUAUAUUGCAGUAGGCAUAAUAUAAUAUAUCAACCCAGUCCUACGCAUGUGGACAUGUUCUGCUAAGUUUGACAACCAAAAGUGUCCAAAUACUUUCUGAGCCCAUGGUACACUCCUAAAAACCACUAUUAAUAGAUUUGUGACCCUGCCUGUGAAAACCAAAGCUUUUGUGAUUUACUGUUUUCUACAUAAAAUUAUCCUACAUAAUUGUAAAGUACAUUUUGAAGAAAUAUAACCUUGUUAUCUUUGAAAAGAUUGAAAUCAUAGUGAAAUUAAUGGUUAAAAUUUUAAAUGUUAUCUUACGGUUAGAUUAUGAGACUUUAGCCUGGUUUUCAAAAGCAGGGUCACAUUUUUAUGCGUAUAUACAGUAGAAGACUGCAUGGCCUAAUUGUUUCAAUAUUUUACCUCUAGUUUCAUUUAGCCAUAGAACAGGCCUCUUUCUCUGUAAUUUGGUAAAAUCGUUGAAUUACUGUAAAACUGCACAUUUCGUCAGAAAGAGGACUGAUCAAAUUGAAACACUGUUGGAUAUUUUCCGUUCUCUAAGAACAGUUUCAUCUGAUGCAUUGACAGGGCAGCAAAUGACACAAGAGGCAGUAUGCAUGUCGUAUUCUGUGUUUUGAAUGUGCCUUGACUUUUUGUGUGUAUGUACAUGUGUAAGCAAAGAGAAUAUGUUCGGUAUUGUGUCCCACUUCUAUGUCUGGACCCCUAUAUAUAAAAAUGAAAAUACAUAUAUCGUAUACAGUCUCUUUUUAUAAGGGAUGUGGCUAGCUGGAUGACAUUCAGCCGGGUUUGUUGCCAUGUGAAAAGUUUUUACAUAUUCUCAGCACAUGUGGUCUGGGUCAUUCAUAUAUUUACAGUGAACAGAACUAAUCCAGCCCAUUGCUUUAAAAACUGGUUCAUGAACCAAAGCCUAUUGAAUGUGUGUGAUUGGGGUGUUGAAGUAUGUGGCUGUGAAUAUAUGCAGUGAAUGCAUGUCUGCGUGAUUUUAAAUACUGUAUGUGUGUGUUUAUGUACAUGCCCCAUUGAGCUAGUGUUUAUAAUCUGUUGCUACAUCAAAACUGUAUUAUAUCAGAUUCAUGACCCCUCUGUUAUUACCAUACUGAACAGGAAGUCUCGCAGACAUUAAUGGAUUAUAAAAAGAUGUUGGACGGGCUUUUAGAAAGCUGGAUGGAUGCAUGUUAGUAUAUUCUCUGGUCUUUUAAAUCUGAAGGUACGAUCACGUCGUGGGGUCAGGGUCUUGUUUUUCCUUCUGCGGUCUUGUAUCCUCAGACUGUGAGAGGUCUUUCUAUGUUAGUUUGUAUACUUUUAUAUAAAGGAAAGUGUAAAUAAAAACGUUAAAUAGAGUGUGUGUGUAGGGUGUACUGCUGUCACAUUAGUUCAUACUGAUAUUUUAAGGAAAUAAACAUUUGUGUUUG